AUGAUAGAGCAUGGAAAAGCGGAGGGCAGGAAUGGUCCAUUCUUCAGAUUUGUCAAAUCUAGGGACUGUUGUAUUAAAAUCGUUCAAACUGGUAGAAUCGCUGUUGGCAGCCUCUUCAAUGUGUCUGCGGAUUCUCAUUUUCCAAUUCUUCCGCGGUCCGACCGGAACCUGGUUCAACGCUCGCUCGUACAGCAGAACAAGGUACAACAACAGGCACUCAUUUCCAGUCUUUCCCCUGCUUAUUUUUAUAUGCUUGAGAUAGAUGGCGAAAUCGAGCAAUUCUUCAGAUGA